AUGAGAUAUAAUGUUAAGAAAUGUUACUCUCCAGCUUCUUCCCAUAAGUUCAAUUAUGGAAGUUUUUAUUUUCCUGAUCAUGGAGGAUCCAGCAGAGUCUACUCUACCCACAAAUUCGAAAUUGGAAGUGGUGGAGCUUCCUUUGUUAAAAGUUACAAGUGCCACUAUUCAAAGUCAUCUCAGCAUGAAAGAUUCCACAAUUCUUCUCAAGAUCACUUCAAAUCUUCCAGAGGUCUAGGGCAUAAAGAAAAACAGUAUUCAUCUUUAAUUGAUGGACAAAGUCAUGGAUAUGUUCAUGAUACUAAAAGUUAUAGAGGUCACACUGAGGACCACCGAAGCUGCAAGACCAAAGGCUUCCUUAGCACCAAUGAAAAGGAAACCAUGCAUUAUUUGAAUGAACGUCUAGAAUCUUACCUUGAUAAGGUUCACUCCCUGGAGCAGGAUAAUAACCAGCUGGAGAAGAAGAUCAAUGAGUGGUAUGAAAACAAUGCUCCAACCACACUCCCUGACACCAGUCAGUAUUUAAAGACGAUUGAAGAACUACAAAAUCAGAUCUCAACAUCAACUGUAGAAAAUGCUAAAAUCUCUCUUCAGGUAGACAAUGCUAAAUGGGCUACUGAUGACUUUGGAAAAAAGUAUGAUAUUGAACUUGACCUGAGGAGAAAUGUAGAAGCAGAUAUAAGAGGACUUCAAAGAAUGUUGGAAGAACUCAACAUGGACAAAUAUGAUCUUGAUAUGAAGGUUCGAGAACUAGAAGAAGAACUGCAGCAAAUGAAGAAGAACCAUGAGGAGGGGGUCAACUGCCUGAAAGGUCAGCUUGAGAAUUCAGCCAGAAUAAAUGUGGAAUUGGAUGCUGCUCCAGCUGUAGACCUGAAUAGGGUUCUAUCUGGGAUUCGUGAAGAAUAUGAAAACCUAAUGGCAAAGAACCUAAGAGAAGUUGAAGCCAUGUUCCUUGCAAGGAGUGAAGAACUGAAACGUGAGGUAGACUAUGGCUCUUCUGAACACCUUCCUACCUCCCAGGGGGAGAUCAUAGAGCUAAAGAGAACGGUUCAGACUUUGGAUAUUGAUCUACAAAGCCAACUAAGCAUGAAAUUGGCACUUGAAACCACAGUAACAGAAAAAGAAGCCAGUUAUAGUUCCCAGUUGUCACAGUUACAAGACCUCAUCAAUCAAGUCGAAUCAAAUCUGUCACAAAUACGAGCCAAGCAAGAACAUCAGAAUGAAGAUUACAAGGUUUUAAUGGAUGAGACAACACAUUUGGAGAGAGAAAUUGCUACAUAUCGACUCCUGCUCGAUGAUCAGGACGCACAGUAA